UGCGCGCGGUAUCUCCUGCGCCUUGGGCUGGACCUCGCCUCCCCCUCUCCGCCCAGAGCCGCGAAACACAUUGGUGCGGUGCGCAGUAGGAACCUGUGCUGCUCUCCCUGCUGCUAGGCGCUAGACCCCACCCGGUGGGCUGCGGAACGUUGACUCAGGCUCUGCACCACUACCCCCUCUAGAGUUGCACAGUCGACCCUCGCCCGCUAGCUGCCGCCAGCUGCUCUGGACUGGCGAGGUGCGGCGCGACGCUCCUCCGUGCAGCGCUGCUGGGGACGCGGUAGCCUACCCCGGCCUCCCGGCCGCCCGGCCCGGCCCUGCCCUGCCCCGCCCUGCCCUGCCCUGCCCUGCCCUCCUGCCCCGGUACAGCAGGCAGCCCAUCGGCCCCCGCCCGCCCGCCCGCUGCGAGCCCAGCUGUGCUGCAGCGGCCCAGCGCGCUCCCGCAGGGCCCUUGUCCUCCUUCCCUAGGGCAGCCCGAGCCCGGAGGCGGGAGCCGACCUCGGGGAGCACGGCCCGGCCCAGCCUGGCGGAGCAAUGAGCUUCUUCGGCUUCGGGCAGAGCGUGGAGGUGGAGAUCCUGCUGAACGAUGCGGAGAGCAGGAAGCGAGCGGAACACAAAACUGAGGACGGGAAGAAGGAGAAGUAUUUCCUCUUCUACGACGGGGAGACCGUCUCUGGGAAGGUGAGCCUCGCGCUUAAGAACCCCAACAAGCGGCUGGAGCACCAGGGCAUCAAGAUCGAAUUCAUCGGACAGAUUGAACUGUAUUAUGACCGCGGGAAUCACCAUGAGUUCGUGUCCCUGGUGAAGGACUUGGCUCGGCCCGGAGAGAUCACUCAGUCCCAGGCCUUUGACUUUGAGUUCACCCACGUGGAGAAGCCAUAUGAGUCUUAUACAGGGCAGAACGUAAAGCUGCGCUAUUUCCUUCGGGCCACUAUCAGCCGCCGCCUCAAUGAUGUUGUCAAAGAGAUGGACAUUGUAGUGCACACUCUGAGCACGUACCCGGAGCUGAACUCUUCCAUCAAAAUGGAGGUUGGGAUCGAGGACUGCCUGCACAUUGAGUUUGAAUACAAUAAAUCCAAAUACCACUUGAAAGAUGUCAUUGUAGGGAAGAUAUACUUCUUGCUGGUGAGAAUCAAAAUCAAGCACAUGGAGAUAGACAUCAUCAAACGGGAAACGACAGGCACUGGCCCCAAUGUUUACCACGAGAAUGACACAAUAGCCAAGUAUGAGAUCAUGGAUGGGGCACCAGUACGAGGUACUACAGAGGGCACUGGGCACCAAUGGAAAUGGUCCUCCCCAAUCUCCACAGAGCUCGUACUGAAUUGGGGAGAGUCCAUCCCGAUCCGGCUCUUCCUGGCAGGAUAUGAGCUCACACCCACAAUGCGAGACAUAAACAAGAAGUUCUCCGUGCGCUAUUACCUCAACCUAGUGCUGAUUGAUGAGGAGGAACGGCGCUACUUCAAGCAGCAGGAAGUCGUGUUAUGGCGGAAGGGUGACAUUGUACGGAAGAGCAUGUCCCACCAGGCAGCCAUCGCCUCACAGCGCUUUGAGGGCACAGCCUCCCUGGGUGAGGUGCGGACACCCAGCCAGCUGUCCGACAACAACAGCAGGCAGUAGGCCCCUGGGCCAAGAAGCUGCGGGCCUUCUACCCCAGCAACCCCCAUCUACCAAACACCAGCGGCUGAGGGAGGGGAAGGAUGGUGUGAGGCUCAGCUGACCAUUAUUUGCAACCUGAAAACAAAUCAUGUUUUUGAUAUAAAUUCUUUUCUCUGAAGAACCGAAGGGGCUUGGAUUGGGAAGCAGUCUCCUUGGGAUUCUGCGGCUGACACGAGGCUAGGGAGAGGAGGCAUUGUGGAAGCUAGUCUUUCUCUGGGAAAUAAGUGCCCUCCUCCUGGGCUGGUUUUUGUGUCUGGGAGGACAGCCAGGAGCACACAGCCUUGGCUUCUGGCUCUGGGUUUCCUGACAUAGGGUCUGAGCACGUCCCUGGGAUUCUGAGCCGCCAGCUGGGCCCUGGGUAGUCAUGUCUUUUAUUCCCUUUGACCAUUCCUGAGGUGGUGGCAAGAGGAGAGGGCCUGUCCCUUCCUGAAUGGGGUGAGGGGAUGUCAAGAUCAGGAAGCUACCUCUCUGGGAGUCCUGGAUGUGGUGCUUUGGAGUUUCCAGUCAUCAUCUCCCUAGCCUGUCAUUGCUGGGACCCAGGUGCCUGCCUUCUCCACCUGCUCUGGAUUGUCAUGAACAUCCCAGGACAGAAGCUGAUGAACAGCCUGGGGAUGCCUGUCUCCUCAUCCAAGAGAGUUAUGUGGGUCCAGAGGAGCCCUGGGGUCUGUGUGAUACAUACAUGGCCAGGAGGCUGAGCCAAGCCCACUAAGGAAGGAAAACUCAAGCAUGGCAACUGUCUGCCUUUAAGUGUGACUACUUUGAGCCUGAGGUCCAGGUCCUUCUAGGGUAUUACUGUGGUGACCCAGCCAGCUGCAAGCAAGAGUGUCUCUUCCCUUUAAGACGUCUUAGGAAGGGACCAGGAGUCUUUUCCUCCAUCAGACCGGACCCUUUCCACUCCUUGUCCCCCAUUUAAUUUCUGGGAAUCAGGGCUUGGUUUUAAGCACUUGCAAGUUCUGUUCUUACCCCUACUUUAAGCCCUUCACCCAUCUAAAGUUAAGGAAAGGAGGUGAGAACCCCAGCGGAGGAUUUUGUUACAACUUCAGGAUAAUUUUGGUUGCCAAAUUACAUCUGCAUCUUCAGCAAUUCACUCACCUACGUUUAGGAUCAUUUUUUUUGUUUAAAAAACAUAAAUAUGAAAGAUUUUGUGGAUGUUAUUAUACUAGAAAAGUUUUCCCUUGUUGCUCUGUGUUUGGGCCUAUACUAAAGUAGUAAAAGUAUUUACCAUCUUUUCUGCCUCAUCUGGAUGACCAGGAAUUACUCUAUUGCUCUCCCUUUCCUUUAUAAAAAGACCAAUCAGACCCCACUGGGCAGUGAGUACAGUGUCCAGUCCUCUUCGGUUUUUGGUAAUUUGGAAAGUGGAGGCAUUGGUUCCUGUCUCCUGUUUGAGCUAGUGUAGAAAACAGGACUCCUCUUUUCAUCAGAAAUCAGGACAAGCUUGGGCCUUGCCUGGGCCAGGCUUCUGGAUCAGUGAGACUGGAGGGAGACAGUUGUGGGGACGUGUGCAGUUGACUGGGAGCAGCAGAACCAAGGUGAAUUUGUUCCCCCGUGUCAGACUUGGAGUUCAGGUGCGACACACAAUCCCCAUGGAGCACAGCCACCCAACUGCCCUUGGAUUACCAAGGGUGGGGCUUACACAUCCGAGAAAGGCGGGUUGUGCCUUUUUUCGUAUCACGAGAAUAGGCUCUGGUAUGCCUCCUUUUAAUAGGCGGUAUUCUAACUAGAAAGCAUUUGUCAAUUCCUCUGCCUCCCAGUUGACAACAAACAUUCACUUCCCAACUUUCCUAACAACUUAACCUUUCUUCUGGGAAAACUAGAAGGUAGAAUUUGCUUUAUCUCAGGAGUUGUGAACAAGCCAGGUCUUGUUUUCUGACUCUACCCAUAUUCUUUCUUCUCUGUCAACUGUGAAAGUGAGGGGGAGUUUCUGUUACCCUCCUUUAAGGUCCCCAGACCUGGAGCGCAUUAGGUACUAAACCAAGCAGUGCAACUUGUCAUUAAGCAGCUGCAGUGUUUACAUGUUUCUUAAUGUGUUGUCUUUUCAAUGGCUGUAUUUUAAAAGAACACUUGUUUUAAUGGUCUAAUUAAAGGACGCCCUGUGGCUCUGGGGGCAUUGUGCCCAUGGUUGCCA